GAAACGUGGUUCUAAAGCUGCACGAUUCUCAACUUUGUCUGCUCCUGUUGGGGCUCCUGGGAAUGCUUAUUUCAGUCCAUGCCCCUCUGGGUAAUUUAACCCAGGGUCAGUGGUUUAACAUCCAGCACGUAAAUAUGACCCUCUCCCCAUGUGACGAUGCAGUGAGGGCAGUGAAUAGUCACAGAAGGAUUUGCAAAGGACAAAAUACAUUUUUCUACACAAGUUACCCAACUCCACUGUAA